CUCCCUCCUCACGCCUCCCCCCCUCGCCGGAGAUGGCGACCGGAGAAGCAGGAGGCAAGGCGGCGCCGCCGCCGCCGUCGCCGGAGCUAGUGUCAUUCCUGGCGAUUGGGCUUGACCAGCGCACGGCGGAGAACGCCCUCGCCAACCGCAAGGUCACCGCCAACCUCACCGCCGUCAUCACCGAGGCUGGUGUUGUUAGUGGAUGUGACAAAUCCGUGGGGAAUCUUCUCUACACUGUUGCGACGAAGUAUCCAGCAAAUGCUCUGGUCCAUCGCCCCGUUGUCAUCCAAUACAUUGUGUCAUCAAAGAUCAAGAGCCCUGCGCAAUUAGAUGCCGCUCUGUCAUUUCUUUCUACAUUGGGUCCUGAUUCUUUGGACACAGCAAAGUUUGAAGAGACAUGUGGAGUGGGAGUGGUUGUUUCAACUGAAGAAAUUCAGUCGACAGUUACUGAUGUCCUGAAGGAAAACAUGGAAGCCAUAGUUGAACAGCGAUAUCAUAUAAAUGUUGGCAGCUUGUGCGGACAGGUUAGGAAGCGGCAUCCCUGGGGCGAUGCUAAGUUCAUAAAGGAGGAAAUUGAUAAAAGGCUUACAGAGAUUCUUGGUCCAAAGACAGAAGCUGACAAUAUAAAGCCUAUGAAAAAGAAGAAGGAGAAGCCUGCCAAAGUUGAGGACAAAAAAACUGCAGCAGCUGCUCCUGCUCCACCUUCUGAGGAGGAACUAAAUCCCUACUCCAUAUUUCCUCAACCGGAGGAAAACUUAAAGGUCCAUACAGAAAUAUUCUUCAGCGAUGGAAAUAUAUGGAGAGCACACAACACAAAGGACAUUUUAGAGAAACAUCUUAAAACAACUGGAGGAAAAGUGAUGACCCGCUUUCCCCCAGAGCCUAAUGGCUACCUUCAUAUUGGUCAUGCUAAGGCUAUGUUUAUUGAUUUUGGACUGGCUAAAGAGCGCAAUGGACAUUGUUACGUUAGGUUUGAUGAUACAAACCCUGAGGCUGAGAAGAAAGAAUAUAUAGAUCACAUUCAAGAAAUUGUCCAAUGGAUGGGCUGGGAGCCUUACAAAGUUACCUAUACAAGUGACUAUUUCCAGGAAUUAUAUGAACUUGCUGUUUGUUUGAUAAAGAAGGGACUAGCUUAUGUUGAUCACCAGACCCCAGAAGAAAUAAAGGAGUAUAGAGAAAAGCAGAUGAAUAGUCCAUGGAGGGAUAGGCCCAUAGAAGAGUCACUGAAACUGUUUGAAGAUAUGAGGCAUGGGUUGGUUCCUGAGGGAAAAGCCACUCUUCGGAUGAAACAAGACAUGCAGAAUGACAACAAGAACAUGGCUGACUUGAUAGCAUAUAGAAUAAAGUUUACACCUCAUCCCCAUGCUGGCGACAAGUGGUUUAUCUAUCCAAGUUAUGACUAUGCUCAUUGUUUGGUAGAUUCUCUUGAAAAUAUUACACAUUCGCUGUGCACGCUAGAAUUUGACAUACGCCGACCUUCGUACUACUGGCUGCUCGUAGCCCUGGACCAGUACCAGCCAUAUGUUUGGGAAUAUUCAAGGCUAAACAUAUCGAACAAUGUUAUGUCCAAGAGAAAGCUAAAUAGACUCGUGACAGAGAAGUGGGUAGAUGGGUGGGAUGAUCCUCGCCUGUUGACACUUGCAGGACUACGGCGGAGGGGAGUAUCAUCAACAGCUAUUAAUUCCUUUAUUCGUGGAAUGGGCAUAACAAGAAGUGACAAUAGCUUGAUACGCGUAGAGCGCCUUGAAUAUCAUAUUAGAGAAGAGCUUAACAAAGUAGCUUCUCGUACUAUGGUUGUUUUGCAUCCCCUAAAGGUUGUUAUAACUAAUUUAGAAUCUGGAAAAAUAAUAGACCUUGAUGCAAAAAAGUGGCCUGAUGCUCCAGGAGAUGAUGCUUCAGCCUAUUACAAGGUUCCAUUCUCAAGAACUGUCUACAUAGAACAGUCUGAUUUUCGGGUAAAGGAUUCAAAAGAUUAUUAUGGGCUUGCUCCUGGUAAAACAGUACUACUAAGGUAUGCAUUCCCGAUAAAAUGUACGGAAGUUAUCUAUGGUGAUAAUACAGAUAAUAUUGUUGAGAUCCGUGCUGAGUAUGACCCUUCAAAGGCUACAAAACCAAAGGGUGUGUUGCACUGGGUUGCUGAACCUUCUCCAGGGGUUGACCCACUCAAAGUGGAAAUCAGAUUGUUUGAGAGAUUAUUUCUUUCAGAGAAUCCUGUGGAGCUUGAGGAUUGGCUGGGUGAUCUCAACCCACGAUCAAAGGAAGUAAUUAAGGGCGCCUAUGCCGUGCCUUCACUUGCAACUGCAGCUCUUGGGGACAAAUUUCAGUUUGAACGCCUCGGUUAUUUCGCUGUGGAUUCUGACUCGACGCCUGAGGAACUGGUGUUCAACAGAACGGUUACCCUGCGUGAUUCCUAUGGAAAAGCUGGACCGAAGUGAUUGUCUUGUUUCUGGAUAAAGGUUGGUGUAAUAGUGUAAUACUUGAUCUUUACUUUAGAGCUGUCAAAUACACCUAUCGGCUAAUCUCAAAUUUUGUUUACAUGAUUGUGACCAUGGAAGUGCCUUUUGUAUUAAUCAGAUAUGUUUACAUUACAGUUGCAACAGAAACUAGAAACUUUGUUAAGUUAUAUUGCUGUCGCAGCUGUGCUCCGUAUGAAGAUACUCCUGUUAUAACUAUUGAGAACAAAUAUUAAGAAAAUAGGUAGAAAUGAUUAGAGAGAUGUUGUGCUUGGUUAAGAGAACGUAUUUUGAGAAAUUAAAUGGAAAAGGGUUAUGAUUGGUUGAGAUAGCAGUGCAGG